AUGCCAAUUCCCUUCCUCGCCAGCGUUCUCAUGGACGGGUGGCCAUCAUGGCUACCCGGGCCGUGGACUCUCACCAAGGCCGGCAGCGCUCUCGGAGCCAUCGCGGUCACGAAGAUCUACGCCAGUGGCGCGACAUGUACGGCUGAACGGAACAUGCACGGUCGCGUUGUCAUGAUCACCGGCGGCACAUCAGGAAUCGGCGCCGCUACGGUCUACGAGCUUGCCAAGCGAGGCGCCCAAAUCAUCCUCCUCACACACCACGAACAUAACGACGCCUUUCUCGUCGACUUCAUCGACGACAUGCGCGAGCGCACCAACAACCAGCUUAUCUACGCUGAACAAGUUGAUCUACGUUCUCUGCAUAGCGUCCGAAAAUUUGCGACAAAAUGGGUUGACAACGCUCCUCCCCGCCGCCUCGACACCAUCGUUCUCUGCGGAUCGACCCUCACACCGCCCGGAAAGUCGAGGACUGAGACACCGGAUGGGGUGGAGAGCACCUGGCAGGUUAAUUUCCUCUCCAACUUCCAUCUGCUGGGCAUCCUCAGUCCCGCGAUCCGCGCCCAACCGUUCGACCGCGACGUGCGCAUCAUUAUCCCGACAUGCUCCGCCUACAUCCGCUCGCCGUCGUUGGAUAAAGCUUUGGAUAAGAAGGACUGGUCCCCCGGCAAGGCAUACGCGCGGAGUAAGAUGGCCAUGAUGGUGUUUGGCAAGGCCUAUCAGAAGCAUCUGGACGCAUACAAGAGGCCCGAUGAGCUUCCGAUGAAUGCGCGCGUCUUUUUGGUGGAUCCUGGAUACUCGAGAACGCCUGGCAUGCGCCGGUGGCUUACUAGAGGCACCGUAUGGGGUCUCAUCGUAUACCUCUUCCUUUACGUCUUUUCCUGGCUUUUCCUCAAGAGCGCAAGGAUGGGCGCGCAGUCUAUCUUGUGGGCGGUUAUGGAAGGCAGUCUCGUUCGCGACAAGGGUGGAAAAGUGGUCAAGGAGUGCAUGGUGGUCGACUGCGCACGGAAGGAUGUGGACGACGAAGCCAUUGCAAAAAAGCUGUGGGAAUCAAGCGAUAAGCUGAUUGAGGAGAAGGAGAAGGAUGCGGCUGCAAAGCGGGCAAGGGCAAAGAAACGAGAAAUGGAGAAGGAGGAGGAUAAGAAGGAACGGGAACGUGUCGAGGAGAUUGAAGCUUUAGUAAACACGAUUAAGAAGGGGAAGCAGAAAGACAAGGAAAAGCCCAAGAGUGGGAAGAAGGCGAAAAAUGGAGAGAAGACUGCCUAGAAGGAAGUCAAAUAGACCAGUAACAGCAUAUAGAUUUCACGUACUCAUAGUGUAGACUGAAGACUAGGUACCAUACAGUAAUGUACGUACAAGAUGCAG